AUGGAUAGUUUGGAAAUAGUGCUUGAUCGCCGUGACGGCUACGAGCCCGGACAACAAGUUAGUGGAAAAGUGAUCCUCAAUAACUGUACGGAAAUCAAAGCUAGUCAUUUGACGAUUUGUAUUCACGGAGGUGCUUUCACACAUUGGAGUGAACAUAGAUAUAGCGAAACUGUAUACUUCUCAUCUACAGUUGACUAUGUCAAAGAAGAAUUUUUAGCAUGGAGUGCUAGUGAGGAAAACAAAAAGUUUCCCAUCGGUCACCACGUGUUUCCUUUCAUUUUUCAACUUCCUACUGGAAUCCCACCAAGUUAUGAAGGCGCCCACGGACGAGUUCGCUAUUCAGUUCGCGUCGAGCUCGAUAGGCCAUGGAAGUUUAGCAAAACGCAGCAAGUAUAUUUUCAAGUUAUCAGCAAUGUUGACCUGAAUACACUGGCAUAUGGAAAUAACCCAGUUGCUAAAAGAGAAGCAAAAGACAUUGGGUCUGUGUUCAAAAAAGGGAUUGUAACCACAACAAUCACGAUUCCAAAACAAGCAUAUGCACCCGGGGAGAGUCUCCCAAUCAUUAUCAACAUCGACAACUUAUCCACAAGACCUGUUUACUGUAUCCGAGCGGAACUACUUCAGCACACGCAUUAUCACGCUACCAAGAAUUCCAUUUUCAGUAGUUCUAAGGAAUACCACAAAAAUGAAACCAAGAUGGUAGCAGAGAGUAGAAAAACCAUCAAAAUAGCGGCGAAGUCAGUAGGAAAUGAAGAAUUAAGCAUUAAAAUCCCAAAACUGAUACCGAAUUUUGGGUGUCCUAUCAUCAUGGUUGAAUACUGUCUCUCUGUAAAAGUGGACACAGAAACAUCAAUGAACAACACGUUGCAUUCCGAGUUUCCUAUUUUCAUUGGCACUGUUCAAAUUAAUAAUUCAAUGACCUUUUCUGGCACAAUCAAUGAGAAAACUGAUUUAAUGCUAUUGCCACCACCCUAUUCCUGUUCAACUCCAUCCGCUCCCACCGAUGAUUCACCAAGCCCAUCUGCUCCUCCUCCAACUUAUGAAGAAUCAUUCUCUACUAUAAAAAAUUAA